GCCGACAGAGGGCGCGUAUAAAAUUGAUUAGCCUGAAGGAAUAUUUCGCAAUGAAUAAGUUUACGUCAAAUGUCACGUGGGUAAUGUACAAAUAUUACAUCCGGGGCUUCAGUAGUAUUUUGGCAUCUUGAUCAGCAAGGACACCAUGGCGGAUAAAAAAGAGUCUAUUGGCGACAAAGCCAGGGCCUGUGGAAAGUUCUUUUGUAACACAGAAGAUGGAACUGUCAUGGGUCGCGGUGCAAAAAGCUGGGCUGGAAUUGGAAUCUUUUACGUUAUCUACUACAUAUGUCUUUCUGGUUUCUUUGCUGCUGCACUGGCCAUCUUCUACCAGCUGGUUGAUGAUAAAGAACCACGACUUAUGGGAGCAGACAGUCUUCUUAAAGCUAAUCCAGCUCUGGGUUAUAGACCAAUGCCAGGGUUAAAGACAACAUUAGUCAGAUUUACUGAUGACCCAAAGUCAUACCAGCAAUACAUUGACCAUCUGGAUACCUUCCUAAAACCCUACACUGGAACCCAGGAAGGUGCCAUUGAUUGUCCAGGUGAUAAUUCUCCUAGAAAUCCUUCAGCCCAUGAUAAGGCUUGUAAAGUUGACGUAUCUACCUUUGGAGAUUGUGAACCCAAAAGUGGAACUAAGUAUGGAUAUAAUGAUGGAUCACCAUGUAUGCUUAUCAAACUGAACAAGGUUUACGGAUGGCAGCCUGAGGCCUAUUCUGACAAACUGAAUGAUACUGCUGCCCUUCCAGAUGCAAUUAAAGGCUUGUACAAAGAUUAUAUGGUGACAGUAAAAUGUGCAGGACAGAAUCCAGCUGAUGUUGAUAACCUUGGACCAGUCACAUAUUAUCCAGCAGGUGGACUUGCAUACAAGUAUUUUCCAUACCUGAACCAGGAUGGAUAUCUCUCUCCAGUAGUCAUGGUCAAAUUUAACCGACCUAAAGUCCAGACUCUACUUAUGAUUGAAUGUAGAGCUUAUGCCAGAAAUAUUAAAUAUGACAAGGUGGAAUUAGAUGGGGCUGUUCACUAUGAAAUGAUGGUAGAUAUUGCACCAAGGAGUAAUGGUACUGGGGCUGCAGGAAAAUAAUUAAAAACAAUCUUAGGUACAAAUUGGGGGGAGUCAUUAUUAUCAAAUUAAGUCAUUUAUAUCGAAGAUAUUUUAAAGAACUAAUUUAUAAAAACAAUAGUUAUAGACUUUUAAAACAAAAACAAAAAGUAAAGGCUUUAACAUUACGAGCAAUAUAAUAUAAAAAGUAAUAAAAACCAAUUAAAACUAGCCUAACAGAAGCUUUGAAUGAUUUGAAGGGGAGAAACAGUUGCCUUCUCACCAUUAUGUUGGUCUUUCCUGUCCACAAACAAUUUUUACAUAUUUAAUCAGAACCUUUUAAGAUUAUUCAAAUAUUUGUAAACUUUAUACGAUGAAAUAUGAAGCAAUUUGAAUGUAUUGUAAGAAACUUGAAUGCAGUUUUUGUUAUUUUGGAAUCUAAAGGGUGCAGUGGAUGAACAUAUAUAUUGUUUUCUCUGGUGUUAAUGAGCAACUUAGUUUAUUUUGUUUUACUUCAGACAGUCAUGCAAUCUAGAGUUUAAAAGCAAAUGAAAUAAACAAGUUAAUAUGAAAUCUUAGAAAAAUAAAAAAAUCUCCAUGCAAAUGUCCAUUAAUAUCUGCAUUUAGAAUUUGUUGUAGUUAUAUUUUAUAAUGGGAAGUAUUUAUUUAAACUACUGUAAUUGAUGCUCAGCAAUGUAAUAUUCACACACACACAUAUAUGUACAUGUUAUGAUAAUGAUUCUAUACAUUCCAUGAGAGUGGAAUAGUUUUUGUAUGCAAUAGAAAUGUUGUAUGUAUUUUUUAGAAUCUAGAUAGUGUGAGGAUUGAAUCUAAACCAGACUUACAUUGUGUUUUCCUCAGCAUAAUCCAUUUGAAAAAUGAAAGAGCACUGAUAUUUUUAGCAAUUUAAUGGCAUUUAAUACUCAAUAUGAAAAAUGUAUUAAAUGAUAGGUUUUAGUCAGAAUCUCAAUAGAUUUCAGAAUUCUGUAUAUUUCAUAGGAUGCAAGAGAUUGUGUUUUACUAUAAAUAAAUAUGUUAACAGUAUAUUAACUGCUAAAUUUUUUCGAUAUGAAGUGAAACUCUGUCCACUCUGGAAAUAAACUUUGAACAAAACCAAUUCCUAAAAUGGAAGAGCUUACAAGUUAAAUCAGUGCAUUGAUUGAGACAACGAUUAAAAUAUAUUUAUAGUAAACUGUUAAGUAAUUUUUAAACCUAAGAUUAGGCAGUUACAGCUGGUUAUGUGUAGGAAAUGAAAUGUUUUUAUAAUAUUGUUAACUGUUUUAUUUUUUUAUUUUUUUGCCUUCGAUAUAGUUUUUAUUAUAAAUGUAAAUAGUUAGCAUGUACAGAAAGAGGUUUGGAUUCAGAUUAUUCUGGUAAACAGGUUUAAGCUUGUUUAGCAGAAUACAUCUGAAUUUUAAACCUUUUGUGUCAAUUAGAUUUUUAUAUAGUCAGCCUCCUAACAGAUUUCAGAAUUUUGUUUAGAGUGGAAUUUUUUAUGUUUAUGAAGUAUCUAGUCCUGUUAUUUUUUUAAUGGUUUUAAGAAAUGAUUAUUUUAAUGUGUAGUUCAUGAGAUUUUGUCUAAUUUUGUGUUUGAAUGUGUGAAGAUGCAUGUCUGUAAUGUGAAACAGUCAAUGAAGUACCCCCCCCCAAAAAAAAAGUAUAAAAAAAAAUAAUAAAAUGGUUAUUAAAAAGAAAAGAAAACAAUGGUUAAAAUAGCUACAAGUAAUGAAUAUGUAAAUAUAUAAUAAAUCAAAGAUUACCAUCUCCUUUGAAAAAGUAACACCAUAAAAAUAAAAUAUGUUAAGCACUUGGUUCCUGGCAUAUUCAUUGCCUUCUAUCUAAUUUGACUGUUGUUUGAAAAAAAAUGUCCAUAAUAAUCUAAAUUGAAAUUUUCAUGAACUAUACAUUUGCUUAAAUAUCAAACUCUGUUGACCAGUUUAUGUUAUUUAUAUUUCUUGAAAUCAUUAAAUGUAAUAAUAGGACUUGAGUGCAAUAGUACAAAGUUCGUCCAAUUUUGAAAAGGACUAAUUUUAUUUUCAUAUCAUUUAUGAAUUGAAUGUUGAUCUGAAUAUAUAGCACAUAAGUUGAUGAUCAUCUUUCAUGAUUCAUUCAGUUCACCAUUGUUUUUACUAAACUUCACUCAAUAGUCAUUGGUUGUGUUAGAAAGGAAAUUUUAAUGUUUAAUUAGCACAUUUUUUUUUUAUUUGUCAAAUCUCAUUUUCAAAAAAUUCCAAAUUAAUGUGUUUCUAGUCUUAUUUUAAUUUUUGAAAAGUAGGAUUCAAAGUUGUAUUUUCUCAGGUGUCCACACGAGUAAGGCCAACAUUUUAUUAUUAAUGGGUUAAAAAGUCAGAGGAUUUUCAUAAAAUCUCUCACAAACAAGAUUUUUAAAAGUAAAUGCAAUUCUUUUCUUUUCACGAAGACAAAACUAAAUUUCAUAAAUGUUAUACAGCCUUUUAUUCUUUCCAGAAUAAUUUUUAUUUGAAAAUUUAUAAAAAGUUAAAUAUAUAUCUAUACUUAACUUGGAAAUUAUUUUUAAAGAUUGGUUAUUACAUAUCUAUAAAUGAGAGAAUGUUGGCCUACAUUAUAGUAUCAUACCUGUUAACCUUCCAAUACCUGAUAGAUCAUUCCAACUCAAUCUCUUCUUUAGCGUAGAAUGUGCAUUUUUCAUGACAGCUUCUUUUCCACAAAAGAAUUGUAUUUCUUGAGUUAAAAAAAUAGAAAAUAGAUUUCAAGUGAUUAGAGCCAUAGAAUUUCAUGUAAGAGAAAGAUAAGUUGAAUGAUGAUAUUAAUUUGAAUUUAGAAAGAACAUUUAACAAUUAUUUCAUGGUUGAAAAAAAAGAGCAUUUCUGGUCACAAUAUUGUCAAACACCAUACAUUAUGUUAUUUUACCUGAUAAGAAUAAAAGGUCAUAUAGAAGUAUUUGCUUGAAAUGAUCAAAGAACCUUUUAGAGAAUGUUAAAGGAGAGAGAUAGGUGUUAGUGAGGGAGAUAAGGUUCUAGUUUGAAGUCUCCCUCAAUAUUUGGGAUGGAUAACAGGUAUGCAGUAUGUCUGCUACACAAAAUGCUUGUGAAUAUAUAUUGUCAGAUGUGGUAUGUUUAAAUCACUUUUUUAUUACAUGAAGUUUAUCAAAUUAGAAAUACAAUAAAAACAUUAAAAAAGAA